CCCAGCUGGGAUGGAGGCCGGGGACGGGAAGGAGGAGAGCCUACAGCCCAUGGCACUGAGCCGCUUCCAGCUCUCCGAGGAGUACGGCUUCCUUCUGCCCAACCCUCUGACAGAGCUGCCACCUUCCUACAGCCCUUGGAUGGACAUUGCCCAGGAGCUGCCCCAGCUGAUCGCCAGCCACCAGCUCCGUGCACGCAUCCACCAGAUGCCACAGCUGAAUACUCAACACCUCCAAGGACGAGAGGAGCUGCACCUGGCUCACCUGGUGCUCAGCUUCCUCACCAUGGGCUACGUCUGGCAGGAGGGCGAGGAGGGCACCACGAAGGUGCUGCCCCGCAACCUGGCCGUCCCCUUCUGGGAGGUAUCACAGGCCCUUGGGCUGCCCCCCAUCCUCACCCAUGCAGACUUCGUCCUGGCCAACUGGAGGAGGAAGGAUCCCAGCGGGCCUCUGGAAAUUAAGAACCUGGAGCCCAUCAUAUCACUGCCUGGGGGAGAGAGCCUGCGUGGAUUCAUCCUCGUCACACUCCUGGUGGAGAAAGCAGCUGUGCCUGGCAUCAUGGCCACCAUUCAGGCCAUUCACGCUCUCCAACACUUUGAUGAUGAGCGCCUGCACCGAGCCCUGCAAGAGCUGGCAGAAGCCAUUGGAGACAUGGACAAAGCCCUGCAGCAGAUGCACGAUUACGUGGAUCCAGCAGUAUUUUACACCGUGAUCAGGAUCUUCCUCUCUGGCUGGAGGGACAACACGGCCAUGCCCCACGGGCUGCUCUACGAAGGAGUCUCCGAGCAACCCAUGGCGUUUUCAGGAGGCAGCGCAGCACAGAGCUCCGUGCUCCACGCUUUCGAUGAGCUCCUGGGGAUUCAACACAGCCAGGAGAGCACCACGUUCCUGCACAGGAUGAGGGACUAUAUGCCCCCUCCCCACCGUGCCUUCAUCAGGGACAUCAGCCAGGCUCCCUCCCUGAGGCAGCACAUCCUCAGCUCUGCAGACCCGCGGCUCCGUGAGGCGUUCAACCACUGCAUCACAGCACUGGUGGACUUCAGGUCCCACCACAUCGCCAUCGUCACCAAGUACAUCGCUGUGGCCAAGGCCAGGGCAAGGCAGGAAGAGGCUGCUUCCAUUGGCAAGCCCCCAGUUGCACUGGAGGCCAAGGGAACCGGCGGGUCACACAUCUUCAUCUUCCUGAAGAGCGUCAGGGACAGCACCAGACAAGGGCUGAUCAGUGUCUGAUGGCACGGUGCUUGCUUGCUGCACCUUUCUGCUCGUGCAGGUCUCAGCUCACUCCUCCCCACUGCAUCCUCGCCUGCUCUGCAGCAUCUCUUCAGGAUUUCAUGAUUCCAAGCUGCUCUGAAACACGAGCCUGCCUGGGGGAGGAGAGUGCUGCCAUCCAUCACCCCAAAGCACACAGGGAGCAUCAGCCCAAGGCACCAGCAGGAUUGUGCCACCCGAUGGCCUCUGUGACAUUGGGACUCUGCUGCAGGAAUAACACAGCCUAAUAAAGCUGCAGCUUCUAGGGAUGAACCGUGCUGCUGGGCUCGUUAAGGGGUGAUUCCCAGGUGCUCAUCUGCCCUAGAACUCCUCCAAGAAACCCAAACACGCUCCCCCGGCUGAGAGCCCGCUGCCAUCACGAGGUGGCAGCAGAAAGCUGCUUUUCUCCCGGUGCCGUGCAGCCGCCUGGGUGCGAGCUGCCAACAGCAUCACCGGUAGCCCAGUAAAGGGGGGGGGGGAAGGAAGAGAAGAUAAAACAAAACAUUAGUUUGCACUUCGGGAGUGCUGACUGCGCCAGCAGAUUGCAGGACAGCGUUUCCCACCGUGACCCAAAGCCUCUGACACCCAGACCCGGCAUCUUUUGGGCACAGACCCUCCUGCCUGCACAGCAGCAGAGCAGAGUAUUGCAGUGCUGGGACAGGGCACCAUUCUGAGCCCAGGGGGUCCCAGCAGCCACGGGUUACAGGCAUCUAGCUGCACUGCAGGCCACCAGGAGCGAGAUACAGUGAUUCUUGUGGCCCUUUUCAACCCAGGAUACUCCAUGGCUCCAUGAUGCCUGGGCUGGAAACAGCAAGCUGUCCAGUCUACAAAUAGGGCUCUGAUUGCCUUGCAUUUCAUUAUUACUUCUGUGUCAGACAGUUUUGCUUACUGCAAUGCCUGCUUCCAGGCUGAGUAACAGGCAGAAAUCCUAAACAGACGUUGCAGCCACGGCAGGACCACAAUUACUCACAGGGUGUCUGCUGGCAGGCACUGACUGCCCUGUCACUGCAAUGCUCCAAUCAUCCAGAGCCAGCUGGGAUGGGGAGAGCAGAAUGGUUCCCCUGGGGCUGUACACAGAGCUGCAGCCCUGUAUGUCUGCAGAGAUUCUCAGCUACACCCUGUGCACCCCUUCCCCAACCCAGGCUGCAGGAUGGGGGGGACAUGCAGCCACAUCAGUGCCAAGAUGGCUGGGAAAGCUUUUUCCACAAUGCCUGCUGUUCAAUUGGCCUGGCUUCACCAAGAAGCCCCAGAUUCCCCAGCAUCUCAGGGGAAAUCAGGCCAUGUACAUCCAUGCUUUGUCUGCCUGGGUCUGCUGGCACAGCCACCAGAGACAGAUUUCACACCCAAUCAGUGUCUCAGUGCAAAAAUAGCACUGGCAGUGCCACUUCUCCUGCACUAUCAGAAGAAAGUCAAGGUCCUUUGAAAUGAGGCUUCAUUCCCAUAAGGGCAACAAAAAGCUCAGCACACCGGAGCUUGAAUUGUUAAAGCUCCUUGCUAAAUUUUAUUUGGUGCCCUCUUUUGAAAGGCAGUCUUAAAACUGGAGCUUAGGAGGAAAUAUCUUCAGUAAACAACCUAUAGGAGCAUGGCAGCACCUUUAAAUCUUUAUCUGGCAGCCCUCGUUCCACUCCAUCUUCGUUCCUGAAUAGCUGCUGCAUAUUUUAUGUAGGAGAUAUUUCAUGCUGAUGAUUGUCUCGGGCUAUUACACUUCAGACCAUUUCAGGCAAACAGCAAACUAGAGUGGGGGAAAAGUCACUCCAGAUGCAAAAUGUAAUGAGGGCUCUCACAGUGAAAUGGGACAGGAGGGCCAGAGGGGACAUGGGACCCCCCCUGCAUGGCCCUCAGCUCUGCCAGUACUGCUUAGGGAUGAGAAAAGGUAGAGACAACUCACAGCUUUUCCAGGUGGACAAAGGAAGGCCUCAUUGUACCUGUAAUGCUAUAAUAUGAUGGAAAGUACAGCAAUACCAGCAGAGUGGCAAAGUCUUUGGCUGCAGUAGAUGAGGACAAGUCCAGAUGCAGCAGCCAUAGGUGUAGAAAUUAAGAAAAAGAGCUGCUUACCUUCAAAAGGCCACAGGUAGGCAGGGAUCUCCAGUGAGAAACCCUCACUUCCACUGCCAACCUUUAAAUGAGGGCUGGGAAGGGGAGGAUCCUGGCUCCAGCUCUUCUGGUUACUCAGGUGCAUUGCU